AUGGCACAGCGCCUUCUCAAGGAGCACCGCGACCUGCAAAAGGAAGCCAAGAAGUCAAACCCGGAUAUUCUUCUUUCACCGGUAGACAGCAACCUUUUUCGAUGGGCAGGUUCAGUCGCAGGUCCGGAGGGGACUCCCUAUGAAGGUGGUCGAUUUUCACUUGAGGUCAAGGUUCCGAGCUCGUACCCCCUCACAGCGCCAAACUUUCGUCUCCUCACCAAGAUUUUCCAUCCGAACGUGCACCCUAAGACUGGGGAAAUCUGUAUCGAUAUCCUGAAGAAUGCGUGGUCUCCGGCGUGGACGCUGCAGUCAACCUGCCGCGCUAUCAUUAUCCUUCUUUCUCACCCAGAACCGGAUUCUCCUCUAAACUGCGACGCUGGAAAUCUACUCCGUCAAGGCGACCAUCGAGGCUUUCGUUCCGUCGCAACGAUGUACACAGCUAUUCAUGCUACACGGAAAGGGGAAGCAUCGCGCACCUAA